AUGGCUGACGCAGCGAAACAAGAUCAAAUUGAGGCGUUCAAAAACCUCACUGGUGUCAAUGAAGAAAGGGCCAAAUUUUAUCUAGAAUCUGCUGCAUGGCAGUUAGAUGUUGCUGUGUCCAACUUCUAUGAAGGGGAUGAUGAUGGUGCAGAAAUGGACGAGGAACCAAGUAUGCCAAGUGAACCAAGCCCACCUCCUCAACCACUACGGACAUUCACUGGUGCCUCGUCGGGUCCUUCCCGCUCCACUGGUUCAAAGACAAAGAAGUCAAGUCGGUUUGCCACAAUUGGAUCCAUGAAACAAAACGAGAAGUCUGACUCGGAAGAAGAGGGUCAAGCAUAUUAUGCUGGUGGAUCAGAAGAAAGUGGGGAGAUGAUUCUUGGUCCACCGAAGAAGAAAGGUUCCAGUCACGAAUUUGUCGAAGGUUUAUUCAAGUCUGCAAAAGACCAUGGUGCAAAAGAAGUGAGCCUUGAUGAGCCCAGUAGCAGACGAGGUGCUCCAGUAUUCCGAGGGAGUGGAUACAGACUUGGGGAGGAGGAAGGAACGUCAGAGGUGGUCGCUGGUCCGUCUGGUCCAACCAGACAGAAGGAGGUGAGAUAUAAAACCAAUAUGGAUGUCACUCUCACAUUCUGGAAAGAUGGCUUCAGUUUAGACGAUGGACCUCUCCGAGACUUUCAAGAUCCUGCCAAUAAACCAUUCCUUUCUUCUAUACAGAAAGGAGAAAUUCCUGAUGAAUUGUUGAAACUAGCCAAAGGAAGUAAGGUCGAUGUGAAUAUGGUAGACAAGCAUACAGAGGAGUUUGUGCAACCUAAACCUAAGGUUCAUGCAUUUGCUGGUGCCGGCCAAAUGCUGGGCAGUCCUGCCCCAAAAGUUGUCACCCAAGCUCCUGGUGGGCCAAGUUCAGCACCUGCCACGAAGGCUGUGGAUGUGGAUAGCUCUCAACCAGUUACGCGGCUACAAAUAAGAUUAUCUAAUGGAUCUAGAUUGGUAGCUGAAUUGAACCACACCCACACGGUACAAGACAUCAGAAGUCAUAUUAUCAAUUCUCACCCUGAGUAUGCUGAGCAGACGUUCGUACUAAUGACGACGUUCCCAAACAAGGAACUGACCGAUGAGAGCCAGACGUUACAGGAAGCUAACUUAAUUAAUGCAGUUGUGGUACAGAGACUAAAGUAAACAUUCAGAGACUAUGGAGCGAGUUUGUUCUUGGAUUGGUUUUGUGAUUGACACACCAGGGAUGAGAAACAUUGGUGAAGAACUGUCAUGGAGUUAAAGUAGUGAAGGACUGACAACAUUUGAGUUCGUGUCUAAUUCUUUUAAAACAUCAAACUCAUGUCAUCUUUGUCUAAGCUCUUUUCUUUGCCUUCUUGGUUUAAUGUGCAAGGGCCACCCAUAUGAUAUGUCUGCACCCAGAACAGAAUGUGUGCCAUCAUAACCUUUCUCGAUAAGUUGCAUCUGAAAAGCUACCCUUACCUGCCCAUCAAGCUUUAUUUUGAAUACAUAUACCUCCCUUUUCCAACUGUGUAUAUAUCUACUGGGUAGUAGCCUUCUCAUGGGUAAUAACAAUUUAGGUUCUAUACUUGGAAAUAAGUAUGGUGAUAUUUAAAGUUCAGUUUUCGUAUUGAAAUAAUUCAUAUUGAAAUAAAACGA